AUGGCCAAGUCUUUUCACUAUGUUCUGUUCAUUGUUGCUCUAGAUGAUGCAGUUGCAAUUUCGAAUGUCAUGGUAGAGGCAACGGAUUGCCGCAGAGAAAUAGGUGUUUGUACAGCAGAUUGCAAUGAAGUAUGUGCUUCGAGAUAUCCUUAUGAUGGGCAGGGAGGCUGUGAGAAUGAUAAGGAGGCUUAA